AUGUUCACCCUCUGUCUGUCGAGCCUCCUCUACCUGUGGCUAGCAGUUUACGACUUCCCUGGCGUCUUGGACGGCCACACCCUUACCGUUCCUUAUCGCUCCCACGCAUACGCCUACGCAGCGCAUGCACUAUACAUCGCACCGCUUCCAUCCGGCACCAGCGAGGUUCAGUUGGACGGAAGAAAUGAUCCAGAACUGGUCGCAAAGGUGCAGCGUCGCUCGAACCGGCAGCAAGCAUUAGAGGACGAGGUGAACGGGUACCUGCGCAGUGUGGGCAUCGAACGCGAUCGCCCCGUCCGUGUGCGCUUCCACAUCUUGUCGAAUUAUGUGGACUGGAAGCUCUGUACCGCGGUCGGUGCAGCUGCACUGGGCGGCUUCAGCAUUCCCGUGACAGGCUUCAACGCCUCCUACUCGCACAUCCACCGCUUCAACACCUACCUCGACUUUGUCAAGCAGGAAGGUCUGCGCGACGAGGACAUCGUCGUCACGCUGGACAGCGACGUCUUCUGGACCGGGGCGGAUUUUGUACCAUUUUUGAAGAAGUUUGCGCGUUUCUCGCCGGCGACGGAGGCGGAGCUCGACGUGGCCGCCGUGCGGGCGUGGGAGGACUACGGCGAGAAGAAGGCGCCGCUUUUUAUGGAGCGACUGCAGAAGCAAGGGGCGCCGCACCACCCAAAGCGGCCAUCGAUGCAGCUGCCGCCGGUGGUGUACAACGCGGACGAUCAGUGCUGGUGGGGGCAGCACUCGGAAGGCUUCGUGCGGUGCCCCGCUGCGUUUGCGGCGAUGGAGCAUCUUAUUGAGGCGGCGCGCAACGGCAAGUCUAGCUACACCAGAGCCUCGCUGGGCUCCUACACCCUGCAGUGUGCGACGGACGUGCGGCGUGAGUUAGGGAUCGCUUUUGCUGGUGGCCGGCAGUGGAUGAAGGAUAGCAUCUUUAACGUGCCCAAUGCCAACUCGCCCUACGCCAUGCAACGCGCCGUUUCGCCGAGUGACCCACUGUUUUACCGCGUCAGCACCGUCAAUAGGGCGAACCCGAUCAAUUUAUUGAAUGGUGGCAUGCAUGUGUCGCGUGUGUGGGCGCUUCGCCACCUGGCCAGCACCAUCGCCACCUACGUGGAGAAAGAGAAGCCAGUCCCCGAGGCGGAGGACCACCACACCGACCAGUGGUGGUGCGACCAGGCCCUCUUUGGCCAAAUCUACACCCGCGCUCGCCUGUUUGAGAUUGAGCACGGCCUCCUCGAUGGGCCCCCACUCUCCGAGCGCAGCCCGCCGGUGGUGGUUGACCCCCGUUUUGGCCCCCCUGGGUUCCUCGGUGUGGACCGGCGGUCGGAGAUGGUGGUGCUGGCCCCGGCGAUGGAGCGCAACCCGGCGCUCUUCCACGAUGGCGGUUACCUGGAACGGCAGUUUCCCGAGAGCGCCGGCUUUUGGGUGCGAAACCGGACUCGGUUCCUGCUCGGCGACAACUGGCCGAAAAAGGAGGACAUGGAUUACCUCCAGAUGACACGUGGUGGUGCCUUGGUGACGCCGCCGCUGCUCUGGCGCUCGGCCACGCCGGAAGAUCGCGUGCGCGGCUAUGCGAACGAACAGGAAGAUGACGCGGACACUGUGCACGUACCAUUUAUUCACUACGCCGCCCCAACGAAGCAGCCGCGCUUCUCAGCCCAUCGGAACCACUUCGCGUGGUUGGUGGCAGCUCGCCAUGACCGGCGCGCGCGCGCUGCAGCACGCAACGUACUCUCGAAUGAAGUGGUCGAGUUGUGGAUGAAUAACCAGCGUGUGUUCGUGGAGUAUCUCCACAUGUGUGACGAUCCCAUGUUACUUGCCUCAAGAAAGGCGUAA